GGGCGGCCGUGAGGAGGCUCCCGGUGCCACCGCGGCGGCCGAGCCACACGGGCAGCGGGCUCGGCGGGGCCGCCUCUACCAGCGCUGCGGGGCCGCGAACAAAGGCGAACAGCAGAGGCGCGAGAGCAAAGUCUGAAAUGGAUGUUACAUGAAUCACUUUAAGGACUGCGCACAAUUAUGAACGUUCUGAAGCCGUUUUCUCACUAAAGUCACUCAAGAUGGAUGAGUCUGCCUUGUUGGACCUUCUGGAGUGCCCUGUGUGUCUAGAACGCCUGGAUGCUUCCGCAAAGGUCUUACCCUGCCAGCAUACGUUUUGCAAACGCUGUUUGCUGGGGAUUGUGGGUUCCCGGAACGAACUCAGAUGUCCCGAAUGCCGAACUCUUGUUGGCUCUGGGGUCGACGAGCUCCCCAGUAACAUCCUACUGGUCAGACUUCUGGAUGGCAUCAAGCAGAGGCCUUGGAAACCCGGCCCUGGUGGGGGCGGCGGGACCACCUGCACAAACGCAUUAAGGGCGCAGGGCAGCACUGUGGUUAAUUGUGGCUCGAAAGAUCUGCAGAGCUCCCAGUGUGGACAGCAGCCUCGGGUGCAAGCCUGGAGUCCCCCAGUGAGGGGAAUACCUCAGUUACCGUGUGCCAAAGCAUUAUAUAACUACGAAGGAAAAGAGCCUGGAGACCUUAAGUUCAGCAAAGGGGACAUCAUCAUUCUGCGCCGACAAGUGGAUGAGAAUUGGUACCAUGGGGAAGUCAGCGGGGUCCAUGGCUUUUUCCCCACCAACUUCGUGCAGAUCAUCAAACCUUUACCUCAGCCCCCGCCUCAGUGCAAAGCACUUUACGACUUUGAAGUGAAGGACAAGGAAGCUGACAAAGAUUGCCUUCCCUUUGCAAAGGACGACGUACUGACCGUGAUCCGCAGAGUGGAUGAAAACUGGGCUGAAGGAAUGCUGGCAGAUAAAAUAGGAAUAUUUCCAAUUUCCUAUGUGGAGUUUAACUCCGCUGCCAAGCAGCUGAUAGAGUGGGAUAAGCCUCCCGUGCCAGGAGUGGACACCGCAGAAUGCCCCUCAGCAACGACUACGACGGCGGCGGCGGCGGCGGCGCAGAGCAGCUCUGCCUCAAAGCACCCCGACACCAAGAAGAACACCAGGAAGCGACACUCCUUCACCUCCCUCACCAUGGCCAACAAGUCUUCCCAGGCUUCCCAGAACCGCCACUCCAUGGAGAUCAGCCCUCCUGUGCUCAUCAGUUCCAGCAACCCCACAGCCGCAGCCCGCAUCAGCGAACUGUCCGGGCUCUCCUGCAGCGCCCCGUCUCAGGUCCACAUAAGCACCACUGGGUUAAUUGUGACCCCACCCCCUAGCAGCCCCGUGACAACUGGCCCUGCGUUCACAUUCCCGUCAGAUGUCCCCUACCAAGCUGCCCUUGGAAGUAUGAAUCCUCCUCUACCCCCACCUCCUCUCCUGGCGGCCACUGUACUCGCCUCCACCCCGUCAGGCGCUACUGCUGCUGUUGCUGCUGCUGCUGCUGCCGCCGCCGCCGCUGGAAUGGGACCCAGGCCUGUGAUGGGGUCCACUGACCAGAUUGCACAUUUACGGCCUCAGACUCGCCCCAGUGUAUAUGUUGCUAUAUAUCCAUACACUCCCCGGAAGGAAGAUGAACUGGAGCUGAGGAAAGGGGAGAUGUUUUUGGUGUUUGAGCGUUGCCAGGACGGCUGGUAUAAAGGGACAUCGAUGCACACCAGCAAGAUAGGUGUUUUCCCUGGCAACUAUGUGGCGCCCGUCACAAGGGCAGUGACGAAUGCCUCCCAAGCUAAAGUCUCUAUGUCUACUGCGGGUCAGGCAAGUCGCGGGGUGACCAUGGUCAGUCCUUCCACUGCGGGAGGACCUACGCAGAAGCCCCAAGGAAACGGCGUGGCCGGCAAUCCUGGCGUUGUCCCCACGGCUGUGGUAUCAGCAGCUCAUAUCCAGACAAGUCCUCAGGCUAAGGUCCUGCUGCACAUGUCCGGGCAGAUGACAGUCAACCAGGCCCGCCACGCUGUGAGGACAGUUGCAGCACAUAGCCAGGAACGCCCCACAGCAGCAGUGACUCCCAUCCAGGUCCAGAAUGCCGCCUGCCUUGGUCCUGCAUCCGUGGGCCUGCCCCAUCAUUCUCUGGCCUCCCAACCUCUGCCUCCAAUGGCAGGCCCUGCUGCCCACGGUGCUGCCGUCAGCAUCAGUCGAACCAAUGCCCCCAUGGCCUGCGCUGCAGGGGCUUCUCUGGCCUCCCCUAAUAUGACCACUGCCGCGUUGGAGACCGAGCCCAGUGGUAGAACAGUGACCAUCCUCCCUGGACUCCCCACCUCUCCAGAGAGUGCUACAUCAGCGUGUGGGAACAGUUCAGCUGUGAAACCAGACAAGGACAGUAAGAAAGAAAAAAAAGGCCUACUGAAGCUGCUUUCUGGUGCCUCCACCAAACGCAAGCCCCGAGUCUCCCCUCCAGCAUCACCUACCCUGGAUGUGGAGCUGGGUACAGGGGAGGCUCCUUUACAAGGAGCAGUAGGUCCUGAGCUGCCGCUAGGGGGCGGCCACGGCAGAGUGGGGUCGUGCCCCACAGAUGGCGAUGGUCCAGUGGCCGCCGGGACAGCAGCCCUAGCUCAGGACGCCUUCCACCGCAAGACAAGCUCCCUGGACUCCGCAGUGCCCAUCGCUCCUCCACCUCGUCAGGCCUGCUCCUCCCUGGGUCCCGUCAUGAAUGAGGCCCGGCCUGUUGUUUGUGAAAGGCACAGGGUGGUUGUUUCCUACCCUCCUCAGAGUGAGGCAGAACUUGAACUCAAAGAAGGAGAUAUCGUGUUUGUCCAUAAGAAACGAGAGGACGGCUGGUUCAAAGGCACAUUACAAAGGAAUGGAAAGACUGGCCUUUUCCCAGGGAGCUUCGUGGAAAACAUCUGAGCGGGCGCACGGGACGCGGAGAAAGCUUAUCAUCACACCACGUGACUAAAGAGCACAAAACAGUUUCACAGAAAGAGCACAUCUGUGGACUUCCAGAUCUUCAAGAGCCGAGCAGAAGAUGGGCACCUGACUCCAGAGCCCCGGCCUGGUUACCCCAGGGGCAGAGGGAAGGAGGCCGCACCCGUGUGGAUUCCCUCUCUCUGGGUUCUGACGUGCAAAGUGUGCCUUGUACUGUCCAAUGGACUUUACAGAGAAAUGUCUUUUUUUUUUUUUUAAAAGAUGUAUAACUCAAAUGGACAAUUGUUUACAAGGCUUAACUAAUUUAUUUGCUUUUUUAAAACUUGAACUUUCUUGUAAUAGCAAAUUCUUUGAGUUAUGGUUUUUAGAAAAUAUUAAUUUAUGAAAUGACAGUUAAGGAGAAGCUGGGUUCUCUCCUGUCUGUUGAGAGCAAGAGAUUCUUUCUGACACGGACUGCAUCUCCCCCUCCCCUGCUUGCUGCCCUCCUCCCUGCCGUU